GGCACAUUAACUGGAGAAUUGCGAAAAUGAAGGCCAUCGUAACACCACAAUGGCUUCAAGAUUCUGUAAAGUCCGGUCGGCUCCUUCCAUACGGCAGUUAUGUUGCGAUUCGUGACUUGGAAGACGAAACUUCGCGAAAUCAAGACACCUCAUCUGGAAGUUCAUUCUACUCUCGCUCUGGGGCAGAGAGGGAAAGUUCUUGGCAAACAGAACAAGAUGAACUCAUAGAUGCUACUGAAGUGGAGUUAUUGUUGCACAAUGCGAAAUACAGCUGCCUACGACCGUCGCCACUUGUCUGUCCCAAUCAAAGUCUGGUCAAAGAAAUUGAUAUCAUUCGACGUGGCAGGAACAUUGAAGGAGAAGAAAGAAGUAUGCUCAGCUACUCAAGGGCUAUUUCUCUUACCCCGCAUGUCAUAACGGAGCACAAUAUCCAAGAUCUCCGCAAGCUACCGUUCUUGGGAGAGAAGAUCCUCUCAAUGAUUGAGGAAUUUCUAAAGACGGGCCGGAUAACCGAAGCGCAGAAAAUGUUAGCAGAUCCGCGGUUUCAGUCACUUUCUGCUUUCACCACAAUACAUGGCAUCGGACCCCACACUGCUCGCCGUCUUUACGACCUUGGUCUCCGCACGCUUGAGGAACUUGAACGAUAUUAUGAAGUUAAACCAGGCGUGUCUGACGAGGAGACGAUGUCGCUCCUUGAUGCUGCAGCAAGCGCAAAUACAGAGGCUGCGGUGGAACAGUCGAUUAAUAUCGGGCUGGCUCUACGACACGACUUGAGUCAGACCAUUCCACGUGAAGAAGUAGAAGAAAUCAAUCGGACCAUCAUGCGAGAACUCAGCCACAUCCAGAAAGGAUGCAAAAGCGUGAUCGCUGGAGGUUACCGCCGAGGAAAGCCACAAAGUAACGAUGUUGACAUAGUCAUCACCCAUACAGAUUGGAACUUAGGGUCUCAGAAAGUGAAGGGUCUAUGUAAAAAGCUUGUGCAACGACUGCAUGAACAAGGUUUUGUCACGCAUGUCAUGCAUCUUUCGGGAUUUCACAAACACAACGCGUUGCGCACUCAUCACUGGGACUCCUUAGAGAAGGCUCUAACUGUGUUCGUAUGGCGUCAUGAUUCAUCGCGACGGAGAGUUCACCGACGUGUGGAUCUGAUUUUUGCUGCACCGGAAGUAUUUUGGACUGCAGUAGUCGGAUGGACUGGGUCGACAAUGUUCGAAAGAGACUUACGGUUAUGGGCGAAGCAACAAAAGGGGAUGAAAUUUGACAGCUCUGGAAUAUCACGACGUCAUGAUUCCAAAUUGUACCAUCCCAGAACGGAACGUGAUGUAUUCAAAGUACUUGGACUAGUUUACAUUCACCCAACGCUGAGGAACGCGGAUGCAUGAUCCGGCUGACCGUCUUCAAUUUUCCCACUUGCUUGCUCUACAAUUCUUUGUAUCGGGGUUAUAUUUCGACGCCAUUUUCCAGCAUUCUCCGUAUGCUUUAUGGUUGCUUCCGUGGUCAUGCAAUAUAUGUAAUUUCGCCUGAAUGAUAUUCCAAAUGAC